AUGGAACUGCGAAACAACGAAAAUUCAAGAAUCGAAAAUGGUUUUGGAGCAUAUCAGGGACGGAAGAGUAGAACCGGAUGCAGUAAGUUUCUGAACGAUGAUGAGAUUGAGAACGUUGUGCACGUAAAAGACGUACCAAUAUAUAUAAAGUAUAAUUCUGUUUCUUCCACAUGCACUAGCACUGCCCCAUCCACUCCGAAUUCUCGUGAUUUUGACCGUUUGGAAAACAGUGUAAGACUUAAUAACAAUAUUGUGAAUAGUGAGAAUAUGCCAGUCCGUUCACAAGUUUCUCACUUUGGAAAGGCGGGGGAAGAUGGAAUAUCUAAUAAUGCAGGUACUAGCUUUGGCAGCUAUUCAGUAUUUGGUAGAGGAGGUAUUUUAGAAAACUCAAGUAUGAAUAUGCAAUUAUUUAACUUUAGAAUAUUAAAAAGAAAGCAUUAUUCAAAUUCAAAUAAUACAUUCAAGAGCUAUAACAGAGUACAUAUAGAAAUGACUAAGCCAAACGACUUUUCUUUUUUAUUAAAUAGUGAUAUUAAUGAUGGGAACGAAUUCCUUUAUUUGAAGUCAGAGCAACGUCUUUUGGUUGAUUUUCAAGAAUUUCCAAUAAUGUUGGUUGACUUACUGAAUAGAUCCAAAGGGUUUGGGUUUUCGGAAAACUACUUUGAUGGAAGAACUAGUAACAUCAGUACAAAUCUAGAAAAGGAGACAGUAUUUCCUGGAGUAAGCAGAUACAAUCCUGCGAAUUUGCAACCUAGUUUCUCACCUGCCAGAAAUGAUGGUUUAAAUUCACUAAAAAUUGUUUUGAAUUUGAAUGUUUCCGAAGGAGGGAUCGAGCAAUCAUAUUUAGGGCUUUCUUCAGGUGCCAGUUUCAAUUCUGGGAUAUUAAAUCGGGCCGACUCAUUUACAUUGCAUUUCGUCGAAUUAAACCAUUACAAAGAAAUUGUCCAUUUAUCACUUCCAUUUGAGAUGGCUAAUGAGGCUUUCUUCAGAGAAUAUAUAUUAAGACAUUUGAACAAUUACUUUGACCUGUCAAACAGACAACAGAAUAUAAUUAAUAGUUAUGAGGUUGAGGCCGAGUCAUUAAGGAAAGAAGUAGGAUUACUAAAAGAGAAACUUUCCAAGACGAGUUAUCUUUCAGCUCAGAAUGAGCGUGAAAUAUCGGAAAGAUUUCAGGCUGAGAUUAAGAGGAUUUCCGAAAGGUAUGAGAAAGAUUACACCCAAUUAAAGAUGAUUUAUGAGGAUACUCACAAAAGAGAGUUAGAGCAUUGGAACCAGGAAAGGUUAUCUAAUGAAGGCAAAAUUAAUGAUUUACAAAGGCAGUUUGAUGAGUUAGGAAAUUUGUUUAAUGAGCUCAGCGAAUCAAAGUCGAACUUAGAAAAGUAUGUAAAGGACGAUAAAGAGACAAGUAAUGGCCUUAAAGCUAAGUUAGAGGAAAUUCAGAGUUCAUAUGAUCUGUUGUUGAAGAUAAAGGAUGAGCAAGAGCAAGAGCUGAACGACUUAAAAUUUGAAUACAGCAGUUCUUUGGAGAAUAAUAAGACUUUGAAAGAUGAAUUGGAGAAAAGGAAAAAAGAAAUUAGUGAGUUGGAUACAGCAUUAGAUGAUGCUUGUAAGGAGAUUGAAAAGGGAAAUCAAAUUAUUUCAAGUCUUCAGACAUCUUUGGCAAAUGUGGAUAGUAAAUAUAAACAACAGAUGACUAGUUUUAGUAAUCUUAAAAGGGGUUUCCAACAAAUCGAAAGCAUUAAUAGAAAUUUUGAGGAGAGGAUUAAGGACUAUGAACAAUCAUUGGACGAUUCAAAUAGUCGUCAGGAACAACUUAUCGAGGAGAAUGAGAGAUUAAGGAAGAUCUUGAUUGAAGCAGAAAAGCAAAUUGAGAUAAACCAAAGUGUGAUCACAUCAUUAAAAAAACAAAUUUCUAUCAACGAAUCAAACUUUUAUGGUAUUGACCACAAUUUGAAUACUGGUACGACCAAGAACUAUUCCAAAUCCUACGUUGGUUUGUAUAAUACAAUGGGAGGAUCUACCAGCUCAGCAUCUCUUAGUGGGGUCCACUAUUCACUUGGAAAUCUGCAGCCAGCAAUUGCUUCAGUAUCUGCAUCUCGAAGUUUGUAUCUCGGUACGCAAGGAAUAAGUACUGCAAAACAUAGAAAAAGAUCAGAGGCAACUUUUGACAUAAACUCCAUUAAUAGGAAGUAUUCUAUGUCUGUUCAACCAAGAAGAUCUCAAACUUGGACAAUGGAAAGUGUUAAUCAUGAACCAAGAUUUACUGAAGGUUUUGAAGCCAAGAGUCAGAGGAGAAAUGAGGAUUUAAAAAACUCAAGGGAUCACCAGAGGGUGACAAAUUCUUUAUAUUAUCGUGAAUUGCAUGAGGGAAAUGGAUCAGGAGGAAGCGGCGGUUAUAGAAAGGCAUUAGAGACUAUAAACGAGAAAACAUCCUCUAUUUUUACUCCACCAAAUAAUAGGCAAAAAUUAGGAGUGGGGCAAAACAAGAAGAAUAAUUCGAAAAAUAGUACUAGUUUAUAUAAGAGUGAGGUUAUUCAGAAUAUUGAAGAAUCAGUUUCACUUGAUAGCAUAAACAAAGCAGAUAUUGGGAGGAACGAAGACCAUGAAAUUGAAGAGAUAUUGUUUGGACUGGAAGGAGCCGGAGAUAGUUUUGAAAGAUCAGCCAAAGAUUUGACCACUCCAAGACUUAAAACUCCAGUUAAGCCAAUAAGAUCCGACAAUAAUGGCAGCUAG